UCCAGUCCUCCAGAUGGGCGGUCUCUUCUCUGCACUCAGCAAACUUUUCAGUCUUCUUCUUGAUCAUCAGAGAGAGUAAAUCUCCGAGCAACUCCGGAGCCCGCCGCCCCUCCGCCUGGAAUUACACAACUCCCCCCGAUCUGUGGAUUAUACAAACCAAGGGCAAUCCUCAUCUCCUGCCAGGCUGGGCUAUGGAGAGCUGGGCAUGGAUCUUUGUCAUGGCACACACGCUGGCCACCCUUCUGCUGGCUCACUCUACAGAGGAGGUCGUUGCUAGGCUCACCUUGCAGUAUGGUUCCCCAGAGAGGACAGUCAAGAGAUUUGAAGCGGAAGGGGUCAGCCAUUACACCACACUCCUGCUGAGUGAAGAUGGGAACACUUUAUAUGUGGGAGCACGGGAGGUCCUGUUCUCACUGAACAGCACAAACUUCAUGUCUCACUCCAUGUUGACGUGGGAAGCAGAAGAGCUUAAAAAGAAGGAGUGCACGUUUAAGGGAAAAGAUGCUCAGGGUUGUCAGAACUACAUCAAGAUCCUCCUGCAGCUGAACAGCACACACCUGUACACCUGUGGGACGUACGCUUUCAGCCCCAACUGCACCUUCAUUAAAAUCAGUGAUUUCACCUUGGAAAGGGACUCCGGUGGGAAGAUAAUCACAGAAGAUGGAAAGGGACGAUGCCCUUUUGAUCCCGAAUACAAGUCAUCAGCCAUCAUGGUCGAUGGGGACAUGUAUGGUGGCACCGUCAAUAACUUCCAAGGGAACGAGCCCAGCAUAUACAAGAGCCAAGACAGCAAAAUUAUUCUGAAGACGGAGAACUCCUUGAACUGGCUCCAAGAUCCAGCUUUUGUUGGUUCAGCUCAUAUACAAGAGAGUCUUCCCGAAGGAAAUGCUGUGGGGGAUGAUGAUAAGAUAUAUUUCUUUUUCACGGAGACAGGAAAAGAGCUUAAUUUUUUUGAAAACCCCCUUGUUUCACGGAUUGCCCGAGUGUGCAAGGGUGAUCUGGGUGGAGAGCGUGUAUUGCAGAGGAAGUGGACCACGUUCCUGAAGGCUCAGCUCCUGUGCACUCGUCCCGGGGAUAACUUCCCUUUCAAUGUGCUUCAGGAUAUGUUUGUGCUCACUCCAGGAGACGACCAUUGGGCCAAUACCAUCUUCUAUGGGGUCUUUACCUCUCAGUGGAACAAUGGAGGUGUGGGCAGCUCGGCUGUGUGUGCCUUCUCUAUGCACGAUGUACAGAAGGCUUUCAGUGGCCUCUAUAAGGAAGUCAAUCGGGAUUCCCAGCAAUGGAGUACCUACACCCACUCUGUUCCUGAGCCAAGACCUGGAGCUUGCAUUACCAACAAGGCAAGAAACAUAAAGAUCAACUCUUCACUUCAAAUGCCGGACAGAGUGUUAAACUUCAUCAAAGAUCAUUUUCUGAUGGACAGCGCGGUACGGAGCCAGCCGUUGCUCCUGCAGCCACAAAUGCGCUACCAGCAGAUCAGCGUGCAAAGGGUCAAGGGCCUCAAGAAAACCUAUGAUGUCAUGUUCUUGGGAACAGAUGACGGAAGGCUGCACAAAGCUGUCAGUGUAAAUAAGAAAGUCUAUGUCAUCGAGGAGAUUCGGCUCUUUCCAGAUACUGACUCGGUGCAGGAGCUGAUGCUUGAUCACAGCAAGGGCCUGGUGUACGCCUCCUCGCGAUCCAUGGUGGUGCAAGUGCCAGUCUCUAACUGCAGCAUGUACGCAACUUGUGGGGAGUGUGUCCUGUCACGUGAUCCCUACUGUGCAUGGAACAAGAAGGGCUGUCGUAGUAUCCAUCACCAUGUGCAUGAAUCAAACUCACAGCACUGGCUCCAAGAUAUAGAAAAUGCAGAUUCAAAUCUCUGCGAGCAAAAGAAUGGCACAGGACCUGGAGGACGAGUCAAUGUAGUGGAUGAGCCACAGUGCAAGAAGAUUGUACUUCAAAUAAAUAACGCCACCACUUUGCCGUGCAAUUUGCUGUCCAACUUAGCAACUCGCCAGUGGCACCACAAUGGCAAAAUCAUUGAUUCCUCUUAUUUUGUUUUGGAAUCCGGAGACCUGAUCCUAGUCAACAGCCCUGAACGUCUGGGAACAUACGAAUGCUGGUCAGUAGAAUACGACUUCAGGAAAUUAAUGGCCAUGUACUGCGUGGAGACCGAUGGUCCCGUAAAGCCAACUACUCCAAAACCUCACACUGAAUUGAGCUUUAAGAAAGUUAGCGCCAUUGAUAAGCUGGUCAACUCCUCGAAAUUUGUGUCUGAGUCAGGAAGCCAUACAGCUAAACUCCUGGGAAAAUCAUACUGGAAUGAAUUUUUAAUCAUGACUGUCCUUUUCGUGGUGGUAUUGGUCAUUUUAACACUUUUAAUCUUAUAUAAACAUCGAAGUGGAAUGAAGUCCAUCCUGAAGCCAGUAAAACACGACAAGCCAGCCAAGAAGAUCCGUAGCAAUGGCAAACAGACUGAAAGCUUGCCAUUAAAUGGAACAAGUGCUCCAAUGCCACAAGCGGACCAUAAAGGCUAUCAGACCCUGAAUGACAACUACAUUAUCAAUACUCCUGUUCAUGAUCCUUUGGUUGCUAGUAAAAUUGAAUCAGAAUCUGAAAAAAGGCCACUAAACGUCAAGGACACUAUUGUAGAGGUCACGUCAGUAAGCCCUAAACCACGGGUACGACUGGGAUCCGAAAUACGGGAUUCUGUGGUAUGAGAGACUACUACACUGGGAGAUAAUCCUUCCCCGGACUUACAAUGCCAAAAGGGACCACAAGUAUUUUAUGUGUGUGCAUGCAAGUUGGAUUAUGACAAUGGUAAACUUUUAAUUGUCAACCCAGGCUACCUAAAUCCAUGGAUAGCUUCUGUGUGCAGAGAGCGUAAAAGUCUACAUUGUGGAAUGAUAUGAUGUCAUCUGUUACAUUGUCAUGAUUGCCAGACUCUGAAGGAGACUUGUGUUUGGGAAAAGUACACACUUGGUCCAAAGGUAGCACAUUUCCAUUUCACCUGCCAUUGUAUAAUUCAUGCAUACGGACCAUCUUUUUUAUUUUUCUUCGUUAGAUUGCACACAUCGGUAACUCGUAUUAGUGGUAUCAUCCCAGUACUGCGGCCGGUCACAAAGACCAGAUCUGGAGUAAAGGAGUAAAAUCGCACAAAGAACAAGAAGUUCCUAAAUAAGUCUGAAGUUGGGAAAAUAUUACGGUACCAGUGAAAAGCCUGUAUAUCACUGUCUGGACUAAUGGCACAAAAGAAGCCACAACUAUGGAACCAAUAUGGACAUGCACAUUUUCUACAAGAAGAAGCACAAUUAAAUGUGGCACAAUAUGGAAUCCAUGAUUAGAAAUGGACAGAAUUUAGCUACUAGCCGGUGGCAAUACUCUACAUGACAGCAACUCACCAAGCAGGAGAACAAGUAGUCCAUCAUGAACAUCUGUCAGAUGAUCUCAGUGUUCCUCUUCCAUCUUCCUUGAUCACUCUGUUAAACAUAUUGUUGACAUUAUUUUAUAGACAGAUUUCUUCUUUUUUUUUUUUAUUUAAAUAUUUUAUUAUUUUUUUUCCUUUCUGGUGUUCAUUUUUUAUUUUAUUUUUUUGAUAAUGUGAAUCCAGGAAUUGGUGUUUUAUGCCUACAACCAGCUAUAAUCUGCCUAAGUAUAGAGGAUACACAAGUGUAUCUUAAUGUGUGAAUCAUUUAGUGAAGACAGCAAAGAUCAUGCGUAUGUAAAUAUUGUACAGGGAAUUUUUUUUUUUUUUUUUGUGUGUUUCGGGAUGUUUGUUUCCAUUUGUUUUCAUAAAUGUGUAUAUAGGAUAUGUUUAAAAGGGAGUAUGUCCUGACAGUGGGAAAAAGCAGUUUUGUAUACGUUCAAUGGUACAGUCACGCCUUAGAACUGCUAGUGCCUUCAU